GGAGGGACCAAUGGUCCGCUUUGUUAGGCGAACUGGGUAGUUAGAAAGCUAGCUAAACAGCUAGUAAUAUGGGUUAUUUCAGGAAACAGUUUAAUUAUUUAAUGGAAGGUGUUUCUUAUAAUAUUGCGGAUAUAAUUUAUUAUAGCUACGGAAUGGAAAUUGACUCGCAUGUCUCUCUUUGGACUGCUGUAUGUGAGUUGAGUCAGUCCAAGAACUGCCAGGGGAAAAACCUAAAAUGACUGCAACGAAGAAACUGGAGGAAAUUAUACUUUUACCAUAAACUUAUUUCCCUGGCCGUCUGAAAUGAAAGGAAUGAUUUUAAAAGAAGUGUUUCUGUUAUGUGGAGGGUGGUGAACAGCUUUGUGCUGUGUUUUUAAACAUGAUACAUCAGUGCUCCAUCUGUUUGAAGCGAUUUCAGUUUGCUUCUAAGCUUCAGAGGCAUCACCUGACCCACACGGGUCACAGACCUUUUACCUGCCCAAUAUGUGGGAAGGCCUUCCGACAGACUGCACACCUCAAGACACACCAGGAGAUCCACGCGAAACAGGGACCCCUCACACAUGAAAUGCAGCUGGCCAAUGAGAGCACGUCCAUUACCUUGCUGUCUCAAGGAACCCAAGACGGCUCUGCACUGUUAGCAGGUUCUACUCUGCAGUCACAUGAGCAGAAAGAUUCAACAGAGGCUGCAGAGCCAGUGACAGCAGUCACAGUCAAGCAAUCAGAACUAUGCUGGAUCCCUGCUACGGACUGGAAGCCGUCUGACUGGACACCACAGAACCAUGUCCUUCAAGAGCAGCAGUGUAACUCCACUGACCCGACUGACUGCAAAGCUCACCAAUGUGACAUCUGCCUGAAGUGGUUUGCCUCUGUUCUCCAACUUCACAAGCACAGCUUCAUCCACAGGCGACAGAAAUCAGCCGAGGCUGUAAAACGAAAAGCAAAACUCUGGUCGGAUGCUGGAGAUCUGCCUUUAGACUCGAUGGACUCAGGUCCAGCCUUCGAGAGGGAAUUCCCACUGAACUGUCCCAAAAGUCAAAUAAAGCACCAGUGCCCCGAGUGUCCAAAGUCCUUCAGCUCCCCCUCCAAGCUGAGGAGACACUGUCUCAUCCAUACUGGUCAGAGGCCCUUCGCCUGUUUGGAAUGUGGUGGCACCUUCAGGCAACUUGCACAUCUAAAGACCCAUCAGCAAACUCAUAGGAAAGCAUGGAGAAGCAGUAACCACUCAGGUGAACAAAUGGGUGAGUGUUCACAGAACCUUGAAGCCUUGGCUGAUGGACUCAGCCAGCCUGAAGUUACUGACUGUAAGUCCACCUUUAAUAUUUCAGCACAACCUGAAAAGCAAAACCAAAUCAAUUCUGAUAUUCUGUGCAGUAAUGAAUGCACUUUGACGGUACCACAAACACGGGCGUUGUUGCUGAAGAACCAGGGGAGUGAAGAGGACCAUGCGACCCUAACACUUACUACUGACAUAAAAACAGAAACGGGACCUGCAAGAGGACCUGCAAAAGUGGAUGUUAAGGACUCUAAAUGUUCUUUGACUGAUGUAACAAUGGGACCCAUCCAGGGCAGGAAAUACAGCUUAAAUUUUUCUCAGUAUAAUGAUCCGAGGAAGCACAAGAAUGAACACAGAAAUGAAGAUGAGCCUCAGGGUGAGAAUGAAGGUGAAAAUGCAGAAAAUUUACUGCUGGCAUCUAGUGACUCACUCGCCGAAGAGGAAAUGGUUAACGGCCCAGACCAUAACCAGACGGCGACCUCACCUGAUGACGUGGCAGCUCUUGCCAUGCAGCUCGAGCUGAACAUCAUGGUGAAGUCGGAAAACCUGGAUAUUCAUCCCGACGUUCCGAUGGCGGAGCCCGAGGGACCAGUGGUGGCCAAGCAACGUGGACCAAGGGCUUGUGCGGAAAAAGUGAAGAAGAGCCACCAGUGCACCAUGUGCCUCAGGCGCUUCCCCGCUCCAUCCAAACUACGGAGGCACAUUCUGGUUCACACAGGACAGAGGCCUUUCAGUUGUCACGUGUGCGGUAAGAGGUUCCGCCAGCUGACUCACGUAAAACUUCACGUUCGUACCCACACCUCCCCCCGACGUGUCCAGUUAAAAAAGGUCAGCACUAACUGCGGCUCGCUUUCCUUUUCGCAAGGCAAAGGUGAUCGUGCGGCUUCUUUCACCACACCAACCCAGAAUGCCCCUUUGGAAAAACAUGUGUCAGCAAAGUUUAGAUCAGAGAGUCAUCUCGAGAUGAGUGCUGCUGAAAAAGUACCUAUGGAAAGUGAUCUUGUCAGGGAUGGAGUUUUGCAAUCUAUUGUAGAUAAAAGCCAUAGGAGGCAUCAGUGUUUGCUUUGUUCAAAAUUCUUUCCAAGCCCUUACAAACUGAAGAGGCAUAUCCUGAUACACACAGGUCAGAAGCCGUUCCAGUGCAUCUGCUGUGGAAAGACUUUCAGGCAAGCAGUGCACUUAAAGGUACACCAGCAGACCCACUGCAGGCUGAGGUUAUUUAAAGGUGCCCUUCAGCAGAAGUUUUUGAACUUGAUUAGGUCUGCCACCAGAGGGCGCAGUCAUGGCAGACAUGUCAUCUCCCAAGAAGAGGACUCCUUGGCGAUUUUGCCAUCACAUGCAGAGCUGACGCAGACCCCUAGACGGUCUGGGGAACCAAUCAUGGAUAAUGGGACUAGUGCUGGAAAAAAGAUCAAUGAAGAGAAGUUUAAGAGUUCAUUUGUAAGCCUCAAGAGCACUCAUGGUAAAACAAGGGCAUAUGAAUGCCCCUUCUGCUUGAAGUGUUUCAGUGCACCAUCCAAGCUUGCAAGACAUAAUCUUAUUCAUACAGGCCAGAGGCCUUUCCAGUGCCCAAUUUGUCAUCGAGCCUUCAGGCAGUCAUCCCAUUUAAAAGCUCACCAUAGCGUUCAUGUCCGGAGGAGGCCCAUCCACCAGAGGCAGGCUGUCCGCUGGGGGGGGAACAGAGUAAAUGAGACUCUGGGGAAUAAUGCUGUGGCAGAAACCAGCAUCACUGACUGUGAAAUUCCAGAUCUCCUAAAUCCUACCUUGGGAACCCAGGCUGAGGAGGCAACCACAGAGAACAAGCUGCAUGAACUCCUGGAUUCAGAAGGGAGAAGCAUCCCCAAAUGGAGCUACCAUUACUCCUGCGAGAGACGCCUCGACUCACCUUACAAGUUCCAAAGGCCUUACCUCACUCACCAAGGCCACGGGCCCUUCAACUCUCUCUGCAGUCGGAAGUUCCGACUUUCAGCACACCUGAGAAGACACCAACGGACUCACUUCAAGCCACCGAGCCCUAUUCUGCCAGCAGAGUCACGCCGUUCAAGUAAGCCACAUGCCCUGCCCUGUUUAGAUUACAGUCAACAAGGAGCCCCCACAGAUUUCACCCUCCCAGAGUAUAGUCUCCCUUAUGAAGGUAACCUACAAACCCAAAAUACCCAAUUCUGCAAGCAGUCCUUCACUAAAGAAGAGUGUGAGUAUAAUAGGGUAGGAUUGGCUGUACCUGAUCAUGGAUUAGCAGAUGGGGCAACCGCAGAGGACAUCCCUGCAGAAGCCCUGCCUCCUGUCACACAGUGUGUCCCUUCUAGACGUGGACAUUCUGUUGGUGAAGCAGCCGGGGAGUUUUGGGUAGCUUCACCUUACCCAGGCAGCAGCACCUCAGACCAUGUGCCGACUCAUGGGCCAUUGAGCUUGGAUCCCUCCGAUGUCUCUAUGGUAAAGACUAAGAGAACUAGAGAGUACCAGUGCAGUGUUUGCCAGAAGAACUUCGACUCCCCCUCCAAGCUGUCACGGCACUUCCUUAUUCACACAGGCUUGAAGCCGUUCAGGUGCUCUUUCUGUGGUAAGGCUUUUCGGCAACUUUGCCACCUUCGAACUCACCAACAGAUCCACAAGGGAGCGAGACGCAGCAGUCCUCCGCUAGGGGUUGGGAAUGUCCAGGAUCAUUUAGUCAGUGGUCUUCCAGAUAGCGGCUCUGUUGGUGAAAUGAACUUACCAGGUUCUGUUGGCCCCCUGGAGGAGAAAGGGGAGCAUACAUGGUUUCCUUGCCACACUUCACAGCCCCAAGAACAGGACCACUGCUUUUCUCUUGGUGGCCAAAAGGAAAAAUCUCUGGUCCUCACAGGGCAAGUUUGUGAGGUUAAUGGAAUAGACUUGGAUGCACAUGACUAUGAAACAGUUAAUGGUGUUAUGUUAGAUGGUGGUCCUGUAGGGAUGGAACUUUCAGUUAUGCAAUAUCCUGCAGAAAAACCCAGAGAGUGUAUUCAGUCCAUAUCAGAUAAAUGGGGUCAGCAAAAUUCCAUGUCUGAGCCAUCAUUCUUCUCCACCACAUACAUGGUUCAAGGAAGUGAGAUCACAUCAAUUGACAUGGCCUCAGUGGAAGGGAAGACCAAUCUGACUCAGCAUUCUGACCUCAGUGUCCAAUCCUGUGAACAGGGUUCUGACAACUGCUCAGCUAUGGACAGCCCAAACCUUGCAGGGGACCUGAAUACGACGUCGGCUGGAAUGGCAAUAGAACUUGGCCAUACAGUCGAUGAGAACUUCAUCCAAAGAAAGACGAGGCACGAGUGUCCCGAAUGUCAGAGAUCCUUUUCUUCCCCCUCCAAACUGAAAAGGCACUACCUAAUUCACGCUGGGGAGAAGCCUUUCAGGUGCACUAUCUGUGGGAAGGAUUUCAGGCAGGCCGUACACCUCAAGUUCCACCAGCGGGUUCACACACACGGCCCAGCCCACUCUGGAAUCUUCCAACCUGAAACGGCGGGCCCUAAAGCUGAGGGGGAGGGUAUCUGGCAGCCAUAUGCCGCGGAGCCUGGCUCCAGUGCUCUUCCUGAAUGCGCAGCUCAGGAGGACUUGCCGGAGGAAGCCCAGGAGGUCUCAGAAGGCUGGUGCGAGCCUCUCAGCGAAACUUUCUGCUGUGAAAAGUGCGAUUUGACCUUCUUCACAGAGACGGAACUCCAGCUCCACCAGUGCGCUCACCGAAGCAGCACGUCCACGAGGUCCUCCAGCGAAACUCGCAGCUGCGAGAAGUGUGACUCGACCUUCUUCACAGAGACGGAACUCCAGCUCCACGAGUGCGCUCACCGAAGCAGCACGUCCACGAGGUCCUCCCGCUCCUACCAGUGUGCCGUGUGCUUCAAGAACUUCGAGGCACCGUCCAAGCUCAAGAGACACUAUGUCAUCCACACAGGCCAGAGGCCCUUCCAAUGUUCCCUCUGUGGGAAGACCUUCACCCAGUCUGGCCAUUUAAAAACGCAUCAGCUCGUUCAUAAAUAAUUGUAUCAUGAUGCCAUAUUUUAAUGCACUUCAGAGUGAUUAUCAUCAGCGAUUCAAAAUCCAUUGUGUUUCAGUGAAACAUUUCGUUCUUACUGCAAUGGAAGAACUAAAAAUGCACAUUGUUACGUGAAAAUAUCUACGUAAAAAAAAAAAAUAUUUAUUUUUAAUAAUCCACAUAAUUUAUACCACAGAAUUGUGCUGUAAUAAUAAUACUAUGAUGCUCACAUUAUUCUUUACCACCAAAAUAUUCCUUUAAAGCAUUAAACAGUUGUAAUUUUACCCUGUUAGUUAGUUGAAGAGUUCUGAUACCCAGAGACAGAUGUCAUUUAAUUCAAGUAGUUGCCUAUUCCCUGAACUGACAUGUUAAAAUACUGUUGACAAAGUAUUAAUUUAAAAUGGCCGUGCUUUUAUUCUGUGUGCAAGUGUUCAUUUAUUUAUUGCAUUUGUGCAGUAAGAUAAAUAUAAUUUUAAUACUUUUGUUUCCACUCAUGUCUUAAACCACUGUCUCAAAAUUUGGUGCCAGGAGAAAUUAUUGCCAGGGAUUGUUCAUUUAGUUGCACUGUUGGGGGAAAGUGUGUAUGUUCUGAAGACCUUUGCCAGUGGAUGGGUGUCUGUCUGAGUUAUUGGGGAAAAAAGGUACAGUCAUUGAGACUAUUCAGUGUUAAUUUUUAAAUUUGCUUCUGUUUGUGGUGGGUUAUGUAGACAUGCUCCUUUACAGCUGUAUCUAAACCCCAGCAUGCUGUUCAUCUGUAAAUCUGCAACCAAUGAGAAGAUCUCAAAGUGUGGAUUAUUGCACGGAGGAUUCUUUUUUUUUCCCCAAGAUAUGUAGCAGAUCGUGAUAAAGUAUUUUAAGAAAAGUCAUAUUGUAAAUAAUAUUACACAAAUUUAAAAUGCA